UCUUACCCCUUUAAAGGUCCGUUCCCUACUGUGUGGAAUCCGUUAGCCUACCUGGACUACAACAACCUAUGGAGGACCAUGGAUGAAAUGGGAAAGGAGAUUCCCAGUGAAGCCCCAUGGAAGGCUCCACAUGCAGAAGAAUGGGACAAAAUGACUAUGCAAGAUUUCAUAGAUAAAAUUUGCUGGACAAAUGCUGCCAAGAGUUUCGCAACUCUGUUUGUGAAUGUGGAUGUCACUUCUGAACCCCACGAGGUCUCUGCCCUUUGGUUUUUGUGGUACGUGAAGCAGUGUGGGGGCACAAAAAGGAUAUUCUCAACUACCAAUGGAGGACAGGAGAGGAAGUUUGUCGGGGGCUCUGGCCAGAUCAGUGAGAAAAUAAUGGAGCGGCUGGGAGGCCGGGUGAAGCUCAGGAAGCCAGUUGUCCGCAUCGACCAGUCAAGUGAAAGUGUCAUAGUGGAAACCUUGGAUCAUGAAUUAUAUGAGAGCAAAUAUGUGAUCAGUGCCAUUCCCCCAGCUCUUAUUUUGAAGAUUCAUUUCAACCCACCUUUGCCCCCAAUGAGAAACCAGCUCAUCAACCGAAUCCCCAUGGGCUCAGUCAUCAAGUGCAUUGUGUACUACAAGGAAACUUUCUGGAGGAAGAAGGGGUAUUGUGGUACCAUGAUCAUUGAAGAUGAGGAUGCUGCAAUUGGUUUAACACUUGACGACACUAAGGCUGAUGGCACCUUUCCUGCCAUAAUAGGCUUCAUUCUUGCUCGGAAGUGUAGAAGACUGACAGGUCUCACAAGAGAAGAAAGGAAGACGAGGCUGUGUGAGCUCUAUGCAAAGGUUCUCGGAUUAGAGGAAGCUUUACAUCCAGUACAUUACGAAGAGAAGAACUGGUGUGAAGAGCAGUAUUCUGGGGGCUGCUACACAGCCUACUUCCCACCAGGCAUAAUGACUCAGUAUGGAAGGAUUAUUCGGCAGCCAGUUGGCAGGAUCUAUUUUGCUGGCACAGAGACAGCCACCGAAUGGAGCGGAUACAUGGAGGGGGCUGUACAGGCUGGAGAAAGAGCAGCCAGAGAGAUACUGUUUGCUAUGAAGAAAAUCCCAGACAGUGAAAUUUGGAAGCCAGAACCUGAAUCAAUUGAUGUUCCAGCUUUGCCCAUCACUACAACCUUCUGGGAGAGGAAUUUGCCAUCUGUGCCAGGACUGCUAAAUCUGAUUGGGUUUUCCACUUUCUUCACCUCUGUGGCUGUGGCUGGGUUAUUUGCCUACAGAAAGGGACUUCUAGUUCGAAACUGA